AGUCUACGACUCGCUCUUUCCAACAACUACCACGCUACAUGACCUGGUGAGUGUGUUCCGAGAGAGAGAUGGAAGUGAACAUGGAGUGCUUCUUCAAGUCCUGGCUCAUCGGAUUGGAAAAGCUGUUUCCGAGUCCGGGUCUGAUGGUCAACUUGAUGAUGACCUUCUCCUCGCUCAGAGCGGUCAAGACGUCCAGUCUGCCCGUCUUCUUGCUCCAUCCCUUCCUCAUCCUCAGCUCUUUCAUCAUGCUGUCGAUAACAUCCUCAAUGUGCUCCUUGCAAGGGCUUCCAUCAAUGCAGAGGCUGACAAGGUAGAGGUCGACGAGAGAAACGCCCUGCUUGCUCAGGCCGUCGAUCUCGUCCUCUCACUCGCUCCGCACGCUGCCGCCGUUGUCGACGCCGUCAUCAUUCCGCUCGUGCUCGACAUCAUUGAAUCCUCUCUGACUGCCGAUGGAGAGACUCAUAUUGAUAUGGGCCGCACCUUGGCUGCCGUCCGCGUCCUUAACCUCAUCCUCCGCUCGCCGCGCGAGCCCAUCCCUCGUGAUCAUCCGAUCCUUGAGCGAGUCCGCGCUGCGGUGCUCGCUGCGCUUGACCUCAACUCGCCGCACGAGCUGCGACACGCGGUUCUCGGCGAUGCCUUCCUUCUUCUUUUCUCGUCGCAGACGGCACUUCGCUGGCUCCCGCAGCUCUGGGCCGUGGUCAAGCGUCUGCACGCUGCCAUCCCGCACCUCGCCACCAUCUCGCGCAAGCACCGCGAGCGCAACGCCAAGUCGCGCAUCGCCGUCGACGACCUCCCGGAUGCUACGCUGGCGUACUACGACGGCUACGCGCUGGCCAUUUUUGUCAUCCGCGCCUACUUUGCACCGCGCCAGGUCGCCGCCAAAGCCUCGGUCCGUCCGCCGCGCGACGUCGCCGACGCCGGUUACGACGCCGACAAAGUCAAGGUCCGCAAGACCAAGUCAGCCAAGCGGGCCAAGGCCGCCCGCCAGGCCGCCGCCGCCAAGACUGCCGCCAAGGCCGCCGCUGCAGAGGACCAUGCCGCCGCCGUCGCCGCAGCGCUCGCAACACUCGACAUCCGUGCGUCGGCCUCUACCUGGCAGUUUAUCGAGACCGGCAUGAUGGACGAAGACAUCCUCACCCGCAAGCGCGCCUCGUACAUCCUGCAGAUUGUCAUCGAUGUCUCGGUCGCCCACCCCGGCCCGCUGGUCGCGGCGCCGCCGCAGAUCGGCACCUACUUUGUCCCGCUGCCGGAAAGCCCGAGCCCUGAUGCGCUGGCCCAGUUCAAGACGGCUUGGAAAGCCCUGUUUGCACUCUACGACGCGCUUGAAGAGGCCGGGCCCAUCAUCCUCCGCGAUCUUUGGAACGAGCGAGCAUCGGUUGUCGAGGCCUACCUCCCUGCCCGCUGGAUGCGGCUGAUCUACUUCCACGGCUCGACCAACUUUAAUGUUCUCCACCACCAGGUCUUUGCCCCGCGCCUUGUCCUCACGCCCGGCCCGCUCGCCGUCGACAUUUUCGCCGACGACACUCAGUACACCGUCUUCUGGACCAUCAUGCACCUCGGGCUCAACCAUGCGGUCCUCUUCCGCUCCCUCCCGCCCGUCGCGCUCCCGGACGGCAUCUCGCCGGUGAGCGACGACGCCAACCAGAGCCCGCUGGGUGCUGCUGUUGUCGCCUUUGUCGCAAACUACAUCAACGCGCUCACACCUGCCGCCGCCGUCGCCUUCCUCCGCACCUUUCCGCGCAAUCUCUCCGGCCUUGCGGGCAACUCGCUCACUGCCGAGCUGGGCAUUGCGCUCGCGCUCGGCAUCUCGUCGUCGGGCCUGGUUGUGGGCGCAUGGGACUCGGCAUGCUGUGCCGAGCUUGUUGUGCUCUUCAAGACCGUGUUUGAGGCAGCGUCCAUCUCGUACCGCGAGCGGACAUACGCCGCUCUCCUCGUCGCCCUCUCGCGGUUCAUCGACACCGAGUCGGUCAGCCUGGACCAACUAGUCGAGCUGUUCGGCAUGUUUCCGGCCGACGCCCUCGCCUGCCUCGCCCCAUCAUCGAUCCAUCGUCUCGGCUCGGCCGUCGGCACUCUCGGCGCCGCUGCAGGCUCACUGAGUGCAGUCAUCGCCGCUGUUGCUGCCCCGCUCGACGCCGCCCGGUCGCUUGCUGCCAUCAUCCGCCACGCCGAUGGCCUCGCCCGCGCGCUUGCGCUUCACGUCCGGGCUCGUGGCGAGAACGAGGCCGAGCUCGUCGGCUGGCUCGCCCCGGUCCUCACCGUGCUCUCAGGCAUUUACUCGAACACUUACCUCGGACCACUGCAUGCCGAGCGGUGCAUUGCGCUCGUCACCGCGCUUCUUGCCCAUCUCGGCCCGCUACCUGGCCUGGUCGCCGCUCUCGAGCCGGUCCUCGGCGAAAUGUUCUCGUACAUGGCUGCAGGCCUCGCAAGCUUGAGCGUCAUCGAGCAAGCCGAGGCCCCGCUCGCCACCGCGCUGCACAAGAUCGAGGUCCAUGCGUCACUGGUGGCGUUUCUGGUUCGCGAGCCGACGCUAGCCUGCCUCCCGAGCGUGGCUGCCGGCGUCCGGGCACUCGGGCAGCCGAUUGUCCACGGUCUGACCGCUUCAGCCGAGCCCGACUCGCCGGUUUCCCCUGUGGCGCGGACGGCGGCCGCGGCCAUGCUUCAUGCCAUCGCGCCUGCCCUUGUCAGCUAUGACGUUGUCGGCCUCGCACCGGCGACCGCGCUGCAGCUGGUGGCCGAGUCAGGGAGCUUGGACAUUCCGCGAUGCAUGCGAUCGUGGCUCGACCUCCGUCCGACAGCGCUCCUCACCAGGUACUCGCGGGGGAUUUGGGGCGCGGUUCACGACGUGCUUCUCUCUGUGGGACCGACGCUCGGAAUUGAUAGCGCGUUGCGCGCUACAGCCGUGCAAGGCCUCCCGCUUUCUGCACUGCUGGACGCCAUGAUCGGCGCUAUUUCCGAGUGCACGUGGUGGGCAAUCGAGCCACUUCUUGCGGCGCUUCGGCUGGUCAACGCGCUCGGCGGCAUGCCUGCCGAGCGGGCAGGCGAGGUGUGGGACGGUAUCUACGACGGCUUCCUCGCGGUGCGGAUGGACCGACCGGGCUCGCUCUGUGGUGCGGCGAUUUCUGCGGUACUGACGCCGUCGAUUGUGACGGCGCCUGCUGCGGCGCCGGCCAUCAUCCAGCUUGUCGACGAUGUGCUGCGGCUGGCGGUCAAGAUCAAGGGCCCAGUCAACACGCUCGCUGCGGCGCUGUACGCACCGCUGGUGACGGACCCUGCAAGCGUGGCGCGGCUGGCGCCGGCCCUGGUCCGCAUCGCGAGCUACAUUCACGACGCUCCCGAGUCGGACGUCGGUCUCUUUGGCAUGAUCACCGAGAUGGAGGCCAUUGCCACGAAUGGGACCGAGGUGGCCGAAGCAACCGGCAGCGCUCGCUGCCCGGCAGUCUUUACCGCCGACGACGUCUACGCCCGGAGUGCCAUGGGGGCGUUGGCGGCAUCGCUGGAGGGACACGGCGAGCGGGCUGCCGACGCGGUGGCAGCGCUUGUUGCUGAGAUCUUUGCCCAGUUUGGCGGUCCGCCCGAGCCCGAGGGGCGGAAGAGCAAGAAGAGCAAGAAGAGCAAGGCGUGCGAGCUCGGCAACAGCGGUGAGAAGCGGCGGCGAGUCCACCUCCUACAGCUGCUAGUGAGCUUGGGCGUGGCGAUCAGGCACGUGCCGCUGGACGAGCUCUCCGACCCGCUGUGGCAGCUGCAGAUGUACAACCACUCGCCGCUCGGCCAGAUCUUUGUGCACCUUGCCAUCCGGUUUGCAGUGGCAGGACACGGAGUGCCGAUGCAGGAGCAGCUGCUGCAGCGGCUGAGGGAGACUCGGGUCAUCAACAAGCGUGAGACAAUUGGCCUGCUCUGUGCGUUGUAUGCGGUGGUGGUCGACCUAGGCGCGAGCGCCGAGACGGCGGCGUUCCUGGACGCGGUUGUACCGGCCAUCCUCCCGCUUGUUCUCACCCACGCGUACCGGACACAUGCGCUUGGGGUCAUCAACAUGGUCAAGGUCCAUGAGGUGCUUGCCAAGCACGCCGCGGCCGGCUCGGCCGAGUGCGCUGCAGUGCUGGCGCGGAUGCAGGCGGAUGCGACACUCUCGGCGAUCGUCAGCAUUUCGCAGAAAAAUGAGUCGCAAGCACUAGACCUGCUGACGACGGCACCGCUGUACGAGCGCACGAUCCGCGACGGCGAGGCGCGGGUGCGGCUUGUCUACGUCGAGCUCCCAAACGAUGUGACCGAUUCUGCGGGCAUGCUCGGCUCGGACAUGGUCUUUGACGUGCUGUACGGGAAGUGCGACGACGAGACGCUGUUUGCAUCACAGCGCGCGCCGAGCGCGGUCCCGCUGCGGCCGCGGCAGCUUUCGCUUCGGUUGCUGCGGUGCUCGGAGCGGUUCGAAGAGUUUGCUCUGGAGCCAGAGCAAAGUGCGGCGCUGGCGGAGAACGCAGUGGCGAACGGCGACGCCAACUUUCAAAGCAAGAUCGAUCCGGGGCUGUGCCUCUCUGGCGAGACCCGCGGCGACGACUAUGCCCAGCGUGCGCGCGCGGAUCUUAUUGUGGUGGCAUCGCUCAUCACGCGCGAAACGAACCUGGGCGGCCUGACGCGGACUUGCGAGAUCUUUCACGCCGGCAAGCUGGUUGUCGGCUCUGCCGAGGUCCUCCACACGCCGACGUUCCGGUCACUGGCGGUGACGGCCGAGAAGUGGAUGCCGAUCGAGGUGGUAGGUGAGCCGGACCUGGCCAGGUAUCUGCAGGCGUGCAAGGACGACGGCUACGCCAUUGUCGGCGCCGAGCAGACCGCCGAGUCGGUCUCGCUGGAGGACUUUGAGUUCCCGGCCAAGACAGUAGUCCUCCUCGGCAAGGAGCGUGAGGGCAUGCCUGCCGAGUACAUCUCGAUGCUCGACUACUGCGUCGAGAUCCCGCAGUUUGGCGUCAUCCGCUCGCUCAACGUCCACGUCACCGGCGCUCUAUUUGUGUGGGAGUAUGUUCGCCAGCGCCAGCUCCAGCAGUAGCCGACGCAGCUGACAGAACAUUGUCUGAAUCCGCGAACCCGCUACAAUACAACUCCCUCUCUCCA